AUGGGGACCCCUCUGAGGUUCCUAAGCGAAAGCGAAACCCGAACCAAGGACCCCUUCUACAUGUCGCCUUUCCCCUAGUCCCUAUAGGGACCACUCUGACGUUCCUAAGUGGACUUUUAGACCGAAAAUUGGACCAAGGACCCCUUAUGAAAGUCGCAUUUCCCCUAGACCCUAUAGGGACCCCUCUGACGUUCCUAAGUGGAUUUUUAGACCGAAAAUUGGAUCAGAGACCUCUUGUGAAUGUCGCCUUUCCCCUAUUCCCUACAGGGACCACUCUGAAGUUCCUAAGUGGAUUUUUAGGCCGAAGAUCGGACUUAGGAACCUCUUAUAAAUUUCGACUUUCCCCUAAUCCCUCCAGGGACCACUCUGACGUUCCUGAGCGAGACCGAAACCCGAACCAAGGACCCCUUUUUGAAUGUCGCCUUCAGCACGCCAAUCAAACAAUCGCAUUUCCAAGAGUGAUUCCGACGGAAAAGAAGAGGCGAUUUUCGCCAUUUACUCGAAAUGAUGAGACGAGGCGGAUGUUUUAUGUUUAUGUGGAUGGGCCCCGAUGGCAGUUGUCGGAAGCCGUUAAGGCUGACACGCGCAACGACGUCGUCAACGCUUCUUCUUCUUCCCCCGGCGUCGUCGUCGAAUGA